AUGGUCUUCGGCAUUCUAGAGCCAGCUUCAAACAUGACCCCAUCUGGUACCAAUCCCCUAGAGAGUUUGGAUAAUGCAUCAAACCCAGAAGGAGCCGAGACACAGUCAUCCUCGUUCCCAAGCCAUCCGAAUCACCAUUAG